GAUGCUCAUCACGACGUGCCGAGUCGCUGCUUGCUGUCUGCUGAUGAGUGAUGAGUAACACAAGAGACCCUGGAACGAAGGUGUCCUCAAAUUGAUUCUUUGCCUUGGAGUUGAAGCAAAAGCCCUUAUCUUGUCGGCGAUUUCUUGCAAUUUUUACGGACGUUGCCCUGGCCAUUAGACCGUCCUCACGCCAGAUCUGAUUACCCUUUCAUCUCUCUCGUCCUCCCUAAACCCUUCCCCUUUUCUUCUUCCUCUCUCCCUUCUCGCCUGAGAAUUCCUUCCCCCAGAUCUCACCGAUUCGGAAUUUCGAUGAAAUUAGCUAUGGCCGGCUGCGGUGCUUCAUUUCUGGCCCGACAUAUUCCGGAGGACGUCGUGACCUUCAUUCUGCUGCGGCUGCCGCUGAAAUUCGCGGUGCGAUUCAAGUGCGUCUGCAAAUCGUGGUGUGCCCAAAUCUCGAAACCCAAUUUCAUCAUCAAAUCCCUCAACUGGUCGGUUUUCGGCGACGACAGUGCUCGUCUCCUCCUGAAACACGUUGAUCUCAGCACCGGAGUUCGGUUGCCGGCGUUAUCCGUCGUCUCCGACAAGGUGCUGGACGAGAACACCGUCCCGGUCCGUCCGCGUCUCGAUUUUCCGUUGCCAAAUGACGCAUGUCCGACGGUGAAGGGCCCCUGCAAUGGUAUACUCUUGCUCUGCAUUACUUAUGUUGAUAAUCGUCAUGAUGUCCUUCUUUGGAACCCAACAACCGGAAAUCACUAUGUGCUCCCCCAAUCGAAUGUUCCUCGCAUUCCGAACGGCGAGGAUUCCUUGAUCGGGGCUUACGGAUUUGGGUUUGACCCCCGAACUGGUGAUUACAAAGUUAUUAGAUUCUUGAACAACCACUCUGAUGAUGGAAUGAGUGCCUACCAACAAGUGGAGUUGUUCAGUCUGAAGGCUAAUUCUUGGAAGGAAAUUCCAAAUGAGGGAAUUGAUUUCGAUAUGCAGGACAUUAAUGUUAAUGGUUUCACUGUAGGCACUUAUAUGAAUGCAAAUCUUCACUGGUUGGUGUCAUUUGGCAAUAGCGAGGAUACUUUGAUCCUGGUGUUUGAUGUGAGCGAUGAGGUUUUCCAUUUGAUGCCCAUCCCAGAUCCGGGAUUACAUUAUAUUCGUCUGUUCUUGUUUAAUGACAUGAUUGGUCUGGUUCACUCUCCCUGUGAUGAAUCUCAAAAUUUGACAAGCUUCAACGUGUGGGUGAUGCAUCAAUAUGGGGUAAAGGAGUCUUGGGUUAAGGUAUUGACAGUAGGACCUGUUGUGGGGUUGUAUUGCUCCAUAGGAUUUUGGAGGAAUGGUGAGUUUCUUCUGGAGAGGAGGGAUGGGCAGCUUUUCGUGUAUGACCCCAGCACCCAGAAGCUCUUGAAACUUCAACAUGAAGGAACAUAUGGCACGCAGGCCAUCAUUUACAAGGAAAGCCUCACUUCAAUUCCUAUCAGCAGUUGAACUGUAAGGAAUGAUUACGGUAUAUAGUUUGUGUGGAAAAAGAGUGUGUUGUUGGUGUUUGUGCUGAAAGAGUUAUGUUCUACGUAUCUCCAUGUUUAAUUUCCCUCUUAGUGCUUUGGAGGAAAAAAUGUUCUAGUUUACUUUCUGUGGAGCAGUGAGAAUUAAUGGACUUCCAUUACGGAAGUAGAGAAUGCAUGUA